GUGCGGUGUCACUUGCCUUGAAAUGGUCCAGUUUGGUUUCUUAAUGGGUUUAGUUUUUUGAUGUUUUUUGGAGACCCACAAACAUGGCCUACGCAUUAUCCUUUCAUUGUCCACAGUUUCAUGAUGGAUGUUCACGGAGCGUCAUUGCAUUCGCCUGUGGUUCAAACCACUUGCAAAAGUGUCAUGGAUUUGCGGCGGGUGAGAGCCAACCACAAUGGAAGAGGUUGGCUUGAUGAAGCUUAUUAUUGAUCCUCAAGCUGAAGGCCAGCGCUUCAGGUCUGGCUUGUCCUUAGAGAGCAUCUCGAGCUUACGAAAUGCCAGAUUCUGCUUCCUUUGCAGCCAGUAUUUGCCCAUGCUUCUUUAUUAUAUGCGAACAUCGGAGCAGCAGCUGAAGUUUCCAGCCUCUCUAAGCUACACCACUUCGAGAGGCCUUCCAAGAUUUGCCUGCCUGUUACUGUGGCUUGUUGGAUGGUAUUUUUUCAUUCGGAUUUUGGACUGGAGUGCGGACCUUGCCAUAUUGGCAUUUGCUGCACAAAUGCUGCUAACUGCAGGAAUAAGUGCAUGGUCCAACCAACCAAACCAAACAAGACAUCACGAUUUGAUUCACAUGGGGGCUGCUACACUUUACAUUCUUGACCAUAUAUGGCUAAUGGAACUGGUUGGAAUGAAAUCGAUUUACAAAGCAGGGUUCUACACGUUCUUUUUGAUUACAGCUGCAUCCCUCCAUUGGGGCCAGUCAAUAAAACGACUAGCUGGACUGCAGCCAAAACAUGCAUCAAAUGCAGCUGAGUGGCAGAUGCUUCUUGCUAAGCUCCCUGAAGACCAAAGCAAGCAGCUUUGGUGGGCAGAGCUGAGUUUCAUGGUGGCUGAGAACUUGGUGUUCACCUCUUUCGUGCUGGGACUCGCCUCUGGUUGUGCAGAUACCUGAGGGGAAGCAGUUCAGUUGCGAAGAAGUAGUGCUGAGCCUUUCACAUCAUUCACGGCCGUUCUACUGAUGGGCAUUGCUUCGGUGCUCCAAGUUGCCAAGCAUCUCUAUGCAGUGUACGUCAAGGAAAGAUUGGUCACAAGCCUGCUGUCAGCCCGCUGCCAGCCUGCUGCAUAAAAUGACAAAGUAAAGUCAAAUGUAUUUGCACUGCAGAAAUGCCGCUCCAAUCGCGCAGUUGCCA